AUGUUUGACUUUGACACUUUAUCAGAAGAGAGCAUUUCUGGCCCGAGUCCUGGAGGAGACAUUGGGACAGACUUGAUUCCUCAUCUUCCUCCACGUGAGGGUGAGAUUGCCUUGUCUGAAGGCACCAUGGCAAUGGAUUUAGCUGCCGAAACCCAAGCGGUCGCCCAAGCCAACCACCAGGCUGCCCAGGCAGCACAAGCAGCGGCUGCAGCACUCGCGAAUCAUGCCCCGAUACAGAAUGCACCUGCACCUGAAGUGGUGGCACCGCCACUAGCAACAUUCCCUGUUGCCCCAAACCCACAGGCUACACCACCAAUCGGCCAGCCAACACAGACCCCCACCACUGUCGCUGAUCUCUAUGCCAAAUGGGCCUUGGAAAAUCCUGGCGACUUGGUCCCUGUCACGAUCGACAUGAAUGCGAUUCCGCCUGCUGGAUGGGACAUCCUAACUCGCACGGACCCUAUGUACUGCGGCAUUGCGGAGAGAGAAUAUCGUCUGGCACCUGGCCAUUACGCCGCCCAUCAAUAUUUUCCAGAUGUGCCAUAUCUCCGAUCCUUGAUCAUCAAUCCGUGGCAUUUUGUCACACCUCUGCCAAAUCGAGACCAACUCAUCAUCCGUUACGGCAACCAGGUCCGAUCGCGUGCAACACUAAUCACGAAAUAUCGGGAGACGAUCACAGCACGACGGGAUGAAGUCUCACGGCGAGCUGCCAACCCAGCCAAGUAUGAUGACAAUUUGGGGGCGUUCGCAGAUCAUACAGAGAAUGAACUAUCCAGGGUCAAUAAUGAGACCACCCCUGACCUUGGGACCUAUGAGCUGCCAGACAUUUGGGUGUGCCUCGACAAGUCUAGGAUCCCCCUGGUCCGAUUUGAUGUGCCAGUUGGCCGCAUCUUGGAGGAGGUUGAGAAAAGAAGGCCGGCUGACUCGACUGCACACAACAUUCAAGGCCUUUCAUCAGCAGGGACCCCGCCUGUGCCCACGGAGUCAGGCGUCCUCAUGGCAAGCGCACCGGCCGCGGAGUCAGAUCUUCAGCCUGGGACCCGGCCAGCUGGCGUUCCAGAGCAUAUCCACAAUUACAUCAUUCAGAAGAUUGGACACAGACCCCGCAUAGAGCUCCGCGGCAGUGAUGCCAAUCAGGCUACAAGUCUGAUUGAUGGUGCAGUGCUUAGCGCCGGAUUGGAAUGGGACAGGUCAUAUGAGCUGAACCUACAGGCAUGUGGGUACCAGCAGGAGGAGACCUUCCACCACAACCCCAUUCCAUGGCCUGGCCGCCAAUCGGAGCCAGGGACUGGGACAGAGCGAACUGAGUCUACUCAGAAUCCUGACCAGUUCCCUAUCAAUGAGGUUUUUUUGCAACAGAUGAAACAGAUCCUGGUCAGUAGUGGAAAGUAUUCCAGCUCCGACAUCGACACACUUCCACUUGGUGAACUGGUCAGGCUGAUGGCCGCUGAGGAAAGCAUCAUAGGGAGGCAUCGAGACUGCUCUAGUCUCAUUGCCAAUGGAUUCGACCCAACGAUCAUCCAGAGGUUCAAUCAGGAGCAGCCCCAGAUAACAUACUUGCAGACACAAGCCCAAGGCGGCACCUUGCCAGUGCGUCCAGCAGCAACCGCCACAGCAGCCAAUGCCAGUUGGCGGUCAACCGCCUUUGGCGUCUGCUGCUGGUACGCCCUGGAUGACACCUCCAUUCCAGGGAAGCAUUGCGCAAGGCGUCUGGCAUCUUUUGAAAUGCAGUUCUUCGAAUCGAAUGGCACAGAGAUUCUGGAGGACUGGAGGCGGACGCCGGACGCGCCGCGCGGCGGAGCGGUGGGGUCCGUGGGGGCGACGCCGCCCAGUGCGGCGCGACCGUCGACGGUGCACAAGAUCGCCGGGCCCAGCGGGGAGGAGCGCUUCGUUUUGGACGCCAUCAUCGGAGAGGGCAUGAAGAGCACCAAGGGUGGCAUCGGAGUGGAGAACUUGCAGGGCAGCGGCUUGAUCGCUGGCGAGACCAGCCGUGCCUAUCAGGAGAGAUGCGGGGACACCUUCACCUUGUCCUAUAUCACCGGUCGAUCGGUGGGCAUCGGUGCCUACCUGAACCGCCUGGGCCAGCGGAACAUCCAGAUGGUGAGCAGCCCCAUGAUCUUGACGGGCUACGCGGCAUUGAACAAACUCUUGGGGAAGAACGUUUACCAAUCCCAGGAUCAGCUCGGAGGGCCUCAGAUCAUGGUCCCCAACGGCGUCACGCAUCAGGUGGUGAGGGAUGAUCAAGAGGGCAUGGCGGCCAUCCUGGAUUGGUUGAGUUUCGUGCCCAAGGCACGGACUAACACGACGGUCUGUGGCCAGCCGUCCGGCGUGGACCCGUGGGACCGCGACGUGGACUUUGAGCCCUCCCAGCUGCCCUACGACCCUCGCGACUUCCUCCGGGGGGUCAUCGACCAUGAGGGCAACCGAAUGAGAGGCUUCUUCGACGCUGGAAGCUGGGUCGAAUACUUGGAGGGCUGGGGCCGGACCGUGAUCACCGGCCGUGCCCGCUUGGGAGGCAUUCCAAUGGGUGUCAUUGCGGUGGAGACUCGCAGCGUGGAUCGGCUGGUUCCAGCCGAUCCUUCGAAUCCCGAGAGUUGCCUCCGCCGCGUUUCGCCUCGCCGUGAGGUGUGGUUCCCGGACAGUGCUUUCAAGACCGCCCAAGCGCUGAAAGACUUCAACCGGGGAGAGAAUUUGCCAGUCAUCAUUUUCGCGAAUUGGCGUGGCUUCUCCGGCGGCACUCGCGACAUGUACAACGAGAUUUUGAAGUUCGGAGCCAUGAUCGUGGAUGCUCUGGUGGAGUACAAACACCCCAUCUUUAUCUACAUCCCCAAGCACGGCGAGCUCCGUGGCGGCGCGUGGGUGGUCAUCGACCCUGCGAUCAAUCCAGAGAAGAUGGAAAUGUACGCGGACCUCGAGGCCCGCGGCGGCAUCCUCGAGCCGCCGGGCAUCGUGGAGGUGAAGUACCGAGCACCGCAGCAGGCCAACAAAGCGGAGCGGAGGAGCCAUGGGCGGAGGAGGCUUCAGGACCCAACAAAAACGUGGCGAGUGGGACGGAGUGGUACGGUGUUGUUUUGGGGUUUUGUAGGGUUUUGUUGUGUGUGUGUGUGUGUUUUGCCGCGCGGAUUUUUUUUCCCUGCUUUUGCCAUUAGAUAA